UGACGCCACAGCAUGCUACGGCUUGGCACGGUGGCCCAAUACUGCCUAAUGCAGGAAACCUUAACCUUGAACGAAAACGCUACCGGUGACGCCAGGGUUACCGAUACCGGUGCCUCUCAGGCUACAUCUCACUACUCCGUGUGUGCCAGUCUGCAAAACGUGGCAGCCAGCUAGACGAGGUCAGCCACCAUGCAGAUCUUCGUAAAAACCCUAACGGGUAAGACGAUUACCUUGGAAGUUGAGCCUUCCGACACUAUCGAAAAUGUGAAGGCCAAAAUCCAGGACAAGGAGGGUAUCCCUCCCGACCAGCAGCGCCUCAUCUUCGCCGGCAAACAGCUCGAGGAUGGCCGCACCCUCUCUGACUAUAACAUUCAGAAAGAAUCCACCCUCCACCUGGUGCUCCGGCUGCGCGGCGGUGUCAUCGAGCCCACGCUGCGCAUCCUCGCACAGAAGUACAACUGCGACAAGAUGAUCUGCCGCAAGUGCUACGCUCGCCUCCACCCGAGGGCGACCAACUGCCGCAAGCGCAAGUGCGGCCACACCAACCACGUGCGCCCCAAGAAGAAGCUGAAGUAAGCGGUGCGUUGUUCGGGCGGCUUGCCUGCCGGUGGCAUCCGCGAAAUAAUCGAGAAAAUACAUUUUGAAAGUCAA